AUGAAGGAAGGAAACAAAAAUAUGAAGAACCUGGAUGAGAAAUUUGUGUUCUGUGCAGUCAUGGGAGAUAGUAUGGUAGGAAAGACCAGCAUCUCCGAGACCUAUUCUAAGGGAUUCUUUAAUGAGAAUUCUGAAACCACAGUAUUUGACAACUAUGUCGUUCCACUGCAAGUCGCUGGAGAGGAGUUUAUCAUCAGUAUGUUCGACACUGCAGGAAAGGUAUAAACGUUUGAGAGUCUGAGAAUGUUCUCCUACCAGGAAUGUGAAGUCCUGCUUCUGUGUUUCUCCACCUGUGACCGGAAGACAUUUCACACUGUCAGUGACCUGUGGAUGCCAGAACUGAAGAGACACUCCAAACAAACCAAACAGAAAAGACCGAUCAUCCUCGUUGGCACCAGGAUAGACCUCCGAGUAGGGAAUGAAGACAGCGUGGUCAGCUCAGACGAGGGUGUCCAACUGGCCAAGGACAUUGGUGCUGACUGUUAUGUGGAGUGCUCGGCCCGCGACCACAAGGGUUUGAAGGAGGUCUUUCAGCAUGUUGUCUUCUCCGCUCUCAAAUUCAGGAAAAAGAAAACCAACAUUCUCAAGAAGAUGUUCAGACGCAGAAGUGCCUCUUUUGCCAAUUAUUAA